CAGAGCCACAGUGAGAGACUCUGCAGCCUGCCAGCACAAUCAUUCCACAAUUUCUUUAAGAUCAUGGCUUUGCCAUUUCUGCCAGGGAAUUCCUUUAAUAGAAAUUUAGGAAAAGAAAAAUUUCACAAAUCUCAACAUUUUGGCUACAGCAAUGACAUUUCCAUGUGGCUUGGGGAAGAAAAGCCAGGAGUUGGAGGAGCGCCUCUUCUAGGACAGAAUUUAAAACCUAAAUUUAGUGUAUUUCCUAAAGGAGUUGGCAGCGAUGCCCCAUCCUGGGUGGCAUUUGACAAGCAGGUUCUUUCAUUCGAUGCAUAUUUUGAGGAGGAAGUUCACCAAAGAAGAGAAGAAACUUACCGAAUACGGCAAUGCAAGAUAUAUUUCUAUCUAGAAGAUGACACAAUUCAAGUUGUUGAACCUGAAAUAAAAAACAGUGGCAUUCCACAAGGUACAAUAAUUCGCCGCCAUCGAAUUCCUCUUCCAGCACCAAAUGAUGACCAGUUUUACACUGUUGAUCAUUUAAACCUCAAUAAGGAUAUUGUCUUUUACUCCAAGAUAUAUAGGAUUGUAAACUGUGACGAGUUUACAAGAAAUUUUCUGAGAAAGCUAGGAGUCAGAAUAAAUCCUCCAGACUCUGUUCCAUCCGAUGCCUACUCAAGUACACGGAAAAAGAUGGAAGAGAUGCAGCCUUUACGUCCUUAUGAGCGCAUAGAUACACUAAAGCAGUUCUUGGAACAUGACAGACAUGUUUUGCGUUUUUUUUGUUUCUGGGAUGACACAACUCUUUUUGGUGACUCAAGAGAACUUGUUUUAUAUUACUACUUGGCGGAUGACACAGUUGAAAUCCUGGAAAUCAUACCAGCUAAUUCUGGUCGAGAUACAACUCCAGUCUUCCUUCACAGAGGAAAGUUACCCAAGUCUUCACCACAAAAUGUGCCACAGCCCGGACAGGUUACUGCUCGUACAGUUCUAAAUGUUUUUGGACCAAUGGGACACGGGGGUCGUUAUAUUCUUGAUAACCUUAAGACUGGGGCUGUACAUGAGGAGUUUUACAAAGACAGUGAUUUGACAAUAGGAGCAGCCCUCAAUGUAUGGGGAAGAAAAGUAAUCCUUUGCGACUGUGAUGAAUUCACCAAGAAUUAUUACAAAACCAAAUUUGGCAUUGAGGAUUUUACACCCGUCCAGUACAAAGCGCCACAGCCUCCAAGACCAAAGAAGGAAUUUCCCCCAUAUAAUGGUUUUGGCUCUGAAGCGGACACCCUUUGUUCUUGUAUGGCUCUUCUACCAAAGCCACCUCAGCGAGAUUUCAAGAAGUUCAUGGAAAAGGACAGGAAUGGACUUGAAAGUAAUGUGCUCAGAUUUGUUGCAAGACUUGACACCGACAAUCCUAUUGACAAAGAAAGAAAAUUUAUUGUAUCCUAUUUCUUGAGCGAUGAUACCGUAACUGUUUUUGAGCCUCAGGAAAGAAAUUCAGGAAUGGUUGGCGGUAAAUUUUUAGAAAGAAGUCGCGUGAAGAAACCCGGCCAACAGCUCUUCAAGAGUGAGUUAUCUGAAUAUUUUAGACCUGAAGAUCUUUUUGUUGGUGCCAGAGUCAAUUUCAAUGGCUUCCUCUUUAUCUUGGUUGAUGCCGAUGAAUAUGUUUUCAAUUACAUGGAGAGGAAUGCAAAUGAGUUUCCCAUGUCUGACAUCAGUGUGAUAACAAGCAAGCUGAGGAGGAUAGGAGAAACAAAAUCCAGAGAAAUAAAGCAGCACUUUGAGGCUAAUGAUCCAACAGGCACCAGCCAUAUGCCGUAUGAAAUUUUCAGAAACCUGCUGGUGGACAUUUAUGAGAAUCAACUGACUGAACAUGAAAUCAUGACCACAGGGCGAUACUAUAGUAUAAGAGACAAACCAGAAAUUGAUCUUGGAUCCCUUACUGCUAUUGCCCAAGAGCAACUCAAGAAAAAGUCAUUUGAGAACUUUAGCAAACUCAGUGAUGUGUUUGUCUACAAUGACCAAGAAAAAAAUGGAUGGCUUUCUUUUCAGAAAACUUUAACAAUUUGCAAAGCAUUUAAGAUUCCUUUAGCAGAUGAUUUUCUUCGAGUUCUGCUGGAAAAACACACGGAAAAUGGUGAUCAAGUUAAUUACAUCAGUUUGGUGACCGGCCUCAACUGGAGAGAGAAUCCAACUGCUGCACAAAAGACAGCACCAGUUAAGUAUGAUCCUGACUGGAGUGGACAAGCCACAGCUAACGCAGUAAACAAUGUCAACGUUCUGCUUCUUCUGGACGAUUUGUUCGGAAUAGAAAAAUGAUUCAAAUGAAACUUGAAAGGCUCAUCCUCUGAAAAACAUUGGUAAUAAUUUCCACGGAGCGUGACACCAAACAACUAAAAACAAACAUUGCCUGGCAUUCAGAAUGAAGAAUAAAUUUCAUUAGAAGCA